AAUUAUUUAGGGAAAGAGCAAUCACGUCCUUAUGGCCUCUACCACUAUGUUUAACACAAGUAUCUAAAAAGAUAUUUUGUGAGCUUUUUAGUAACUGUUAGUUUUUAGUGAUUUAAAAGAUGUCAAAAGGAAAAGGUGAUAGCUGUUUGGUAAAAAACUGACUGUUUGAUUUAGUUCUGUUUGAUAUACAAGCCGAUAGGACUAAUUGAUACUAAAAGUCACAGGCUUUUCACAGAUGUUACUCCAUGUAGCAUCUCAAAAAAAUCUUUUAUUUUUUGAAAAACUCUUAAAAAUUGUCAUGUCAAACAUAAGAUUUUUUUAGAAUUUUUAUACCCGGCUGCUCGAUCAUGCCGUAAAUAUACCCUGAGCUACUUAUAUUGAGUAACCCUACUUUUGAAAUUAAUUAGUGUUGGGGUACUCAAGAAUGAGUCAAGAAUGAGUUGUAUCCUUUUUUUAUACUACCUCCGUCCCUUUUAUAUUGGGACGGAAGGGGGUGACACAAUUAUUAAGAAAAGUGAGUUUGUGUGAUUGAUAUUAAUUGAUAAAGUAAGAAUAAAGUAAGAAUGAUUUAGAACCACACAAACUUUGUCAAAUAUGGUAUGAGACAACUUUAGUGAGAGUUCCCAAAAAAGUAAAACGGGACAAUAUAAAUGAGACGGAGGGAGUAAAAUUUUAGUAUUGAUUAAUUAAAUUCUUGACAAAAUUUAAGAAUUCUUGACAGUUGACACCAAAAAGUAUUAAAGCUAUCAGAUUUUAAGAAUUUUAUAAUCUUUUAUUAACAUAAUACUUGAUGGAGUAUAUGGUCCAGGAACCCCCGGCCCAUAGACUCCUACUUCUCCUACCCAGGAAACAACUCAGGCCCAAAUACAACGGCCCAAGCCUCAAAGUAGCUCAGAGUACACACUGGGAUGCCUUCGGCCUCCUUGGCCGAAGGCUCUAGAACUCACAGGAUAGCCUUUUUGGCAUAAGAAGCUGCUGGGAGAAAACGGGCGAAAACAUGAGCCUUCGGCAUUGUUGCGCCCUCGGCAUCGGAGAAGCCUUCGGCUGAACCAAGCCUUCGGCCACAUGGGGCCUUCGGCCACACAAUGGUCCUUGCCGCAAGGAGCCCUCGGCUACACAAAGAGCCCUCGGCUACACAAGGAGCCCUCGGCUACAUAAGGAGCCCUCGGCUAAACUAGCUCAAUCAUCGAAGAUUCCUUUUAGGGACAGCCAACCACCGCAUUUAAUGCCACAUCACAUCCGCCAACCGCAUUCAAUGCGGUUGACGUACCACUGCCGGUGCCACCAGGCUGAUGUGACCCUUCGGCCGUUGGAUUACUGACACGUGUCCUCUCAUCGCAUUUAUUGCUGCUAUAAAUAGCAGCCCAUUUCUCCUUGUAAAUGAUCAUCUACAUCUCAACUCCACAUCUCGAGUUCAUUUAAUAAAUUGACUCUCUCUCCUCCUAUUUGCUCUGACUUCUCUCUAAGUUAUUCCCGUAAUAACCCCUCGGAUAAGAUACCCCCCGGGUAGACUAUCCAUCAUUUGGUGCUCUCAUUGAGAGGUCUGAACUAUCAAGUAAGAAACCCUCCCCCUCUACCAAACACAAAACACUCACCAAAAAUGGGAAUAACCACCCGUGCCCAGUCCAAAACCCUAGAGGAGAACCACGUAGCCCCCGGCGAGACAAACGGGGCUGAGGCCUCCAACAGGCUCUUAGUACCCGAGGGUGGUAUCAUCCUCGAAUUAGAGCAAGCCACCGCUGACCUACGUCAGCAGCUGCAGAAGAACACCCCUGAUGCCCGCAUUGGCCUUGAUAAUCGAAGGAGGGAUCGGAGUGAGAACCAAGUUCCUCCUCCGGCCUCGGCCAUCGAUCUUCAGGCUGCCUUUGCGGCCUUUGUUCAAAACAUGGCUCUCAAUUCCGGAGCCCUCGCCUCUCAGGCACCCCUUCAGCCCUAUGCUGGGGGAAAUGUUAUCAACCUACCACCACUCCCUCCCUUGUUCAACAACCCUCCCCCGGGGGUUGGCAAUGCCGAGGGGAUCAUAGCACAGGAUACCGCCUCCCAGGAGGCCCAAUCCAGGGACAAGCGCCCCAUGAUGAAGGAGAAGCCCCGAACCUCUGCACUUGAGAGGCUUGGGGGAGCUCCCGGACGCCGAGGGGUCCAAGACCGUCUCGGCAGACAGGAAAUCAGCAGGCCCCAGGAGAGUGGAGCCUCCGCUUCGGGGGCCGAGGGCGUGCCUCCCCCCCGAAGCAAAGGCAAAGCCCUCCUCCAUGCCAAUGAUGCCAGGCACCAAAUCACACAGGCGCAAUCCUUCCGGGCCAACUCCCAAGGGGUUGCCCCGAAGGAUCCCAAGGACGAAAUCAUUGAAGCCCUCCUCCGCCAACUUGAGGAGAAUCGUCAGGCACCGCCGACGGCUUCCACAGCUAGGCCAGAUCCGGAGUACGCUGACCUCCGGGCGCAGGUGGAGGAAAUGAAACGAAAACUCGCCGAAGGCUCAGGCGAACCCCUCAUUCAACUCCGCACUAGGACGCCCUUCACCCCAAGAGUGCUGGCGGCCAAGAUCCCCCAUAAAUAUCGGGGGCAACCCAUCAAACCGUAUGAGGGGAAGACGGAUCCCCAAGAACACUACAACCGCUAUCAAAACAGCAUGAUGAUGAUGGGGGCCUCGGAUGAAUACUUAUGCCGUUGGUUCCUUUCCACCUUGGAGGGACCCGCGUAUGAGUGGUUCAACCGAUUGCCCGAAGGCAGCAUCGAUUCUUGGCAAGAACUUGCCCACCGUUUCCUCACGCAAUUUGCUGGGAGGCAUCGCUCAAAGAAGCACUUCUCCCACCUUCUAAACGUGAGGCAACAGAAGGAGGAAACCCUUCGGAGUUUCCUAGAACGCUGGAGGCAGGCCUCCCUCGAGGUCGAGGGUGCUGAUGACAGAACCUUGAUGGCCCUCUUCCACACCGUCCUCCGCAACGGUAACUUCUGUCGGAGCCUUAUCACUGAUCCCCCCCGCGAUUAUACGAAGGCCCUUCAGCGGGGGGACCGUUAUGCUGAAGCAGAGGAAAUCGAGAAGGACCGCCGCAACACGGAUCCUUCUCAGAAGAAUGAGGGCAGGAAUCGGCCCGGAGGGCCUCCCCCUCCGGCCAACCGAGAGCCCCAUUACAAUGAUCGCUCCCGAGGUGGCCAAGCCAGAUCCGGGGGCGGUUACAAGAGCAAUCCAAAGGCAUGGGCGCAACCCGUCCUCCUGGAGCACCCACGCACUCCCCUGACGCACCCCGUCAGCGUCAUUCUGGAUCAUGCAGAAGAGCGGGGGCUCGUUGAGCGAGACUCCCGUACACCCCUCGAGAUUUAUGCUAUCGGCCCUGAUGAGCCAUAUUGCCGUUUUCACCGCCACCAUGGACACAAAACCGACGACUGCCAUCAGCUGAAGAACGCCAUCGAGAGGCUGAUACAGGCGGGCCACUUGUCUCAAUUUAUCAGGGGCCCUCCUCCCCAGGGCCCCCCUCAUCAUCAAGGGCCUCCGCCGAAGGCAAACAAAUGGGUAAACCCCAACACCAUCCCCUUGGGAAACCCACAGGGGAAGAAGCGCGAAAUUGGGGGCCUCGAUGACGAGGGAGAGGGCUCCCAUCAGCAAUACAAGCGCCACAUCCACAUGAUCAACGGCGGCAACACCGGAGGCGAUUCAACAAGCCAAAGGAAGAAAUGGGCACAGUCCCUUUACAUUGGGGAAGUCAAUCACAUACCCCCAACUAAAAGGCCGAGGGCGGAUCCAAUCUUCUUCACAGAUGCGGACCUACCCUCGGGUUCUCUGCCGCAUAGAGAUGCCCUCGUCAUCCGCACUGAGAUCAAUGACGCCAUCAUCCUCCGGACUUAUGUUGACACGGGGAGUUCUGUCAACGCCAUGUAUCUCAGCACUUUCCAAGAAUUGAGACUCGACAGGGGGUCCCUUCGGCGCAUCAACACCCCCCUCUCCGGAUUCACGGGGGAUAGCAUAGACACCGAAGGCGUCAUCACCCUCAUGGUCGAAUUCGGCGAUGGAUCCCAUAGAGCCAAGCUCGAUGUGGAAUUCGUCGUCGUCAACCUCGACUGCGCACACAACAUCAUCCUCGGCCGGCCUGCCCUCGAGGACUUAGAAGCCGUCAUCUCCAUGAGACACCUCUGCCUCAAAUUCCCCACACCCACCGGCAUCGGCUAUUCGAGGGGGAAUCAAAAACUCUCCAGGGCCUGCUACCUUCAACUUACCAAGAAGGUUAGUAAAACAGAGUUACAUGUGGACACCAUCACCACCAAGGCCUUGGAGGAGGAAGAAGGUAGGCCGAGGGCUGAGCCUGCCGAGGAGACCGAAGACUUGAUACUCGAUCCGGCCAAGCCGGAGAGAGUCCUGAAGAUUGGAGCCAAGCUCCCCGAAGACCUGAAGACUGGCAUCACCGAAGCCCUCCGCGCCUACUCCAUUAUUUUUGCAUGGGGGCCGGAGGACAUGCCAGGAAUUGACCGAAGGGUUAUCACCCACCGCCUAGCGGUGGACCCUUCGGCCAAACCAGUGCAGCAACGAAGAAGACCCCUCUCGGCCGAGAGAAGGGAUUUCGUGAAGAAGGAGGUAUCUAUGCUCCUCUCCAUCAAACACAUUAAGGAGGUGAAAUACCCUUCUUGGUUGGCUAAUGUAGUCCUCGCACAAAAACCUCCUACCUUCCGCAUGUGCGUGGACUACACAGAUCUGAAUAAGGCGUGCCCUAUGGACCCCUUCCCUCUGCCGAACAUGGAUCAACUUGUGGAUGAGACCGCGCGAUGCGAGAUUAUGCCAUUCCUCGACGCAUUCCGCGGAUAUCAUCAAAUCUACAUGCAUGAGGAAGACGCUGAAAAAACUGUCUUCAUGACACCCGAAGGCAUCUUCUGUUAUCUUGUGAUGGCCUUCGGCCUCAAGAAUUCAGGCGCCACCUACACCCGAAUGGUGGCCAGAGUCUUUCAAGCCGUCUUGGGGCGCACUAUGGAGGCCUAUGUUGACGAUAUGAUUGUCAAAAGCAAGAAGGCCGGCGCUCACGCCGAGGACCUCCAGGAAAUCUUCGCCAUCAUGCAAAAAUUCAACCUCCGACUGAAUCCAAAGAAGUGCACCUUCGGCGUGCAGGGAGGAAAGUUCUUGGGCUACAUGGUCAGCCGAAGGGGUAUUGAGGCCAACCCCGAGAAGAUUCAGGCCAUCAUCAACAUGGAGCCCCCACGCAACGUCAAAGAAGUUCAACGGUUGACGGGUCGCCUGGCGGCCCUCAACCGAUUCCUCUCUAAGUCAGCCGAGAGGGCCCUCCCCUUCUUCCAAAUCAUGAGGAAGACGGCGGGUUUUCAAUGGACAUCUGAAUGUCAAGAGGCCUUCGACGAACUCAAGAAGUACCUCUCCUCUCCCCCAGUGCUCUCCAAACCAAAGGUGGGGGAGACUUUAUACUUGUAUCUCGGAGUUAGCCCUGCGGCCAUCAGUUCAGUACUAAUCCGAGAAGAAGACGGCGUCCAACAUGCCAUCUUCUACGUCAGCAAAACCCUCCGGGAGGCCGAACUCAGGUAUUCUCCCGUCGAGAAGACGGUGCUAGCCAUCGUUUGGACCGUCAAGAAGCUUGGCCACUACUUUCAAGCUCAUCCGGUCCAAGUGCUAACUCAUCAACCCCUCGGCGCCCUCAUGAGGAGUCCCACUAGCUCCUCUCGGAUGGUGAAAUGGGCCAUCUUCCUCAGUCAAUACAACAUAGAUAUCCGUCCGAGGCCUGCCAUUAAGGGCCAAGCCCUGGCAGACUUCGUAACGGAAUGCACCGCAAGAUCGGCGAUAGAUGAGGAGCCUUCGGCACCCCUUGACGAAUGGUGGACCCUCUACACCGAUGGCUCCUCAGCCACCAAAGCAUGCGGAGGGGGAGUAGUUCUGAUCACACCCGAGGGCUUCCGCGCCUAUUACGCCGUCCGCUUCUCCUUCAAAGUUUCGAACAACGAGGCCGAGUACGAAGCCCUCCUCUGCGGCCUUCGGCUGGCAGCAAAUCUGAAAGCGAAAAUGAUCCACGUCAAGUGUGACUCCAAACUCGUCGUGGGUCAAAUUUCCGGGGAGUAUGAGGCCAAGGAAGGGAGGAUGAAACAAUACAAGGAAGCAGCUAAGGAGUUGCUUAAGGUAUUUGAGGCCCAUUCUCUCACCCAAAUACCGAGGGCUCAAAACUCCGAGGCCGACAUUCUAUCCAAGCUCUCGGAUGAAUCCCCCGAGCACCUCUCAAAAAUUGCAAGAAUUGAGGAACUCAAUCUCUCAAGCAUCCACGCGAGCCCCGUCAUGAACAUCAACCUAAGGCCGGAGGAUUGGAUCUCCGACAUCAUCACCUUCAUCACCACCGGGCAACUGCCCCAGGAUGAGGGCCGCGCAAGGUUGACAAAACUGAGGGCUCCUAGCUACACCCUCGAAAACGGGAAGCUUUACAAGAGGUCUUACAACGGCACCCUCCUUCGGUGCUUUCAUCAGGAUGAAGCCGAGGUCGCUAUGGAGGAAGUGCACAGUGGCACUUGCUCAGCUCAUCAGGGACCCUUCUCCAUGUCCCGAAGGCUCAUAGUUCAAGGCUACUUCUGGCCCACGAUGGCUAGGGAUUGUGCUGAUCUAGCCCGAAGGUGCACCGCUUGCCAACACUUCCAGAAGGCCCCCGGCAGACCUGCGGUCAACUAUGCCCCCAUCAGCACCGCCAUACCCUUCUCCAGAUGGGGGAUUGACUUAGUAGGCCCUCUACCGAGGGGUACCUCCAACAACAGGUACAUCAUCGUUGCCAUUGACUACUUCACCAAAUGGGUGGAGGCCGAACCCCUCGCCAGCAUCACUGAGGCCCGGUGCCGCCACUUUGUUCUCAAAAAUAUCCUCACAAGGUUUGGCGUCCCUCAACAAAUCAUCUCCGACAACGGGACUCAAUUCGAGGCAGCCCCCUUCUGUGCCCUCCUUGAGGCUUGGGGCAUCAAGCACACAUUCUCUUCCGUCGCCUACCCUCAGGGCAGCGGGCAAGUAGAGAAUGCCAACCGCACUCUCCUCGAAGGGUUGAAGAAGAAGCUGGAAGCCGAAUGGGGAGGCUGGGUAGAAGAACUCCACAACAUCUUAUGGGCCUACCGCACCACCCCUCGGCGCGCAACAGGCGAAACCCCCUUCUCCCUAUGCUAUGGCUUUGAGGCUAAGGCUCCAACAGAAGUGACUCUUCCCACCCGAAGGGUUGAACAAUAUGAACCCGAAGUCAACGACGCCAACAUGGCCCUCGACCUUCAUCUCAUCUCAGAGCGCCGAGAGCAGGCUUUCCUCAGGGCCGAAAACUAUAGGAGACAAGUCGAAGGCUACAUCGACGCCAAGGUCCGCUCCCUGGGGGUGCAACACCCCUCGGCUCCGGCUGGUACCAAGUGCCCCCGACUAUUUGUGUUCCACACACAAAUAAAACCCUUCCCAAGAACGCUUUCCGCGCCAUCCCCCAAGGGGAGGCAGGCAACGGACCAUGUCCCGGGCCCAGGAUUCGACUUCCACAAACGAAACGCUCCCCGCGCUAUCCCCCAAGGGGAAGCAGGCAACAGACCAUGUCUCGGGCUGAGGGGACGACUUUCAAAACCGAGGCGCUUUCCGUGCUAUCUCCCAAGGGGAAGCAGGCAACAGACGAUGUCUCGGGCCGAGGAAACGACCCUCAAACCCUUCGGGAUAUCGGAAGGUCAUUCCCGAAGGGGGAGCCAACGGUUUGUUCCGUGGCCUCCCAUAUAGGCCAAGCCUUCCCUACAAACCGAGUUUCUAGAUGCCUCUCCUACACCAUCUUAAAAAAAAAAAGAAAAAAAAAAAGAAAAAAAAAAAAAAAAAAAAGAUGUGUAGGGGGGAAGGAACUCCCCGGAUACUAUUCUCCCCGGAGGCUCAACACUUCGGAUAUACUUUCCCGAAGGCUCCUACAAAGGCACAAGAAAGUCUCGCAACAAUAAGUCGUCUGGCUACAUACCCGAAGGCUUCAUUGCAUGAAACCUUGGAGUACAAGAUUUCCACCGGAGGCCCAAGAAGAUUUCGGCUGGAUCAAAGUGAACCAUGUAACAUGCCGAAGGCUACACAAAGUCCUAAAGCAGGCUAAACCAAUGUCUACACAAACCGGAGGCUUCAUGCCGAAGGCAGAACAUCGCCAGACUCAUUUGAGGAUGAAAAAAUUUCUAAGUCCACAGAUGGGAACCCUUCGGGGGGCUACAUUGCCAAUCAAGGGCCCAGCAUUUCCAGGGGCAUAGGAUGCAAUUUCACCUAGUGGAAUUCCUAAGUCUAAUUCAUUCUAUCCCUCGGCCUCACUACUACGAAUGUCCGAGGGGUCCUGAUUCUAUGCUACAAACCAAGGCCUACACGUGAGUCCAUAACCUUGAACCCCUCGACAACUAUAUGAACAGGGGGCUCAAACAAUCCCCUCGAUCGAAGGAUCACUACAACAUUUAUUGAAACUUGGUUGAAAAAUGACUAAGUCCACAAUUGGGGGCCCUUCGGGGGCAAACCGAGAUACUCUCUGCACCAACUUUCUCACAGCCGACGGCCCCCUCCAACCUACUUGGCAAUGACCUAAAGCUACACUACGAGACGAAGGCUCGGUGUGUCCGGGGGCAUAAGAUACAAUUGCGCCUCAAGAAUUUCCUGAGUCUAAUUCCGAAGGGUUCUGAUCGAGUUUACUUGGAAAUUUUUCUAAGUCCACAAUCACAAGCCCCCGGUGAUUUUACCUACAACCGAAGGCUUCUGACUACUCCGACACUUAGGAAAUUUUCUAAGUCCACAAACAUUCACUCAUUCGAGAAGGAAAAAAGGCAAAGGCAUGCAUUCAAAUUCAAAACGAAGAGGAAGCAAUUCAUUCCAGAAAAGCCCGGAGGCAAAGCAUUCACCAUGGAGAAAACAAAUAUUCAAAGGACAAAACAUGUCUUAAUUACAAUACAUGGCCGAGGCCGAGAAGAACGGGCUGUUACAAAGUUACACUUAGAACAAAUCCUAUUUUUGAGCUUCCUCAGCUGCAUCUUCCUUCGGCCUUGAAGCGGCAUCAUCCUCGGCCUCCUCGUCGCCCCCCUCUUGCAUGAGCUCAGAAUCCUCCAAGUCUGGCCUCUCUACGCCCUCGGGGAGUGGGACUCUCACAUCAGGCUGCAGUGGGGGGAGGCCAUACGCCGACGGGUCAAAUUUCUUCGGAUCAAUCUUGAGGUGCCUGGCGAGCCUCCGGUAGAUAAGGUUUUGAGUAAAAAACUCGCCACCAUCAUAAUAGUCUUUGCCCUUUCGGGCUAACCAUUCAGCGCCAGGACCUUUCACCCAGGCCUCCACCCCCUGCUCUAUGACCGAGGCCACCCAUCCUUUCCGGUCCUCGGCCCUCCAGCCCUCAGCGGCAAAGGCGGCGACGGCAUUCUUCUCAGCCUCGGCGACAGCUUCCUUCUUGGCUGCCUCGGCCUCCUCGGCGGCAAUCUUGGCGGCUUCGGCAGCGGCCCUCUCUGCGUCGGCCUUCCCCUCGGCUCUGGCGAUCACUUUGUUAUUUUCGAGAAUGCUAUUGAACGCCAUCUUCUCCAGCCGGAGGGUCUCUUGGGCUUCUUGAAGUUGCCGCCGGGACUCCGCCAGGGCCUCAUCAGCCUGGCGCUUCUGCGCCUGAUAUUGCUCCAUCCUCUGGAGCAGCUCUCCAAGACCGAGGGCAGCCUGCGGAUCAAAACCAUCAUACAACAAUGAUCAGUUUGGCAAAGUAAAAAAAAAAAUGUAUACGCCAAAAUCACCAACUAAACAAAAGCUAAGCGAGACUUACGGUGACAGAGGCUUGGAGCACUUUGGCGCUGAGGGCGUCAUCCUUGGCCCUCGACAGCACCGACUUGUCAGUCGGGGGCGUGGCACCCUUUAGGAACUCCCUCGGGUUGAGGGUGCCAUGCAUGAUGGCAGUUCCCUUGGUGAUAGAGAACUGCACAUCAUCCCGGGGCCAAGCCAGGCUGUUAUCUUGGCCCCCGGGAGGAGGGAGGACAUUUCCCGAAGGGGAGGAGGAAGAGUGCUCUUCGACGAUGACAACGGGGGCGUCCGUCUUCUCCCCCCCCCCCCCCCUCUUCUUCUUCUUCUCCGGGGGCAUGACCCCCUUCCCAGCAUUUUUUCUCUUUAGCUCCCCGUCUUGGGAGCCUCCGACACAAGCACCGGAAUCAGCAGCGGGUUUUUGGGAGGGGUCCCCACCCUCCGGGACCUUGGCGGCCCCUGCUUUCUUCAACGCCUCAUCAACGAGGGGCUGGUUCGAGGACCCCUCGUCUUUCUUCUUCUUCGGCACCUUGGCCAGCUUCUUUGUCAAUCGGGCGAAGGCUUGGACGUCCAUUAUGUCACCUGCAAAAAAUGAAGGAAGGAUUAGGGUCAAAAGAAGACAAGGAAAAUUUUCUAAGUAACACAACAAGAGCCCUCGGUGAACAACCUCUGACAUUCAGAUACCCUCGAUCGAUUCUAGGGUAUUUUUCGUCCUUUUCCCCCGGAAGACGGUAUCUUCGGAAUCCUAACAGGUAGAGCUCCUCGGGCAGCGUCGCUUCCUUAAUAGCAAUUACUUUCUCAGAACCCGCGGGCUUCUCAAUCAGUUUCCUUCCUGCCUUAUCGAGGGCCGCAUUACCUACCUUCGGGUGCCUUUUGAAAUGAUUAUUCAAAGCCCUCGGGAAUGGAUUUUCAGCCAGCCUGAUGUAGCAGAACUUCUCCUUCCAUUCCUUAUGGGAGGAGGGGGUCUCGGAGAACAAUUUCCAAGUCGGGACCUGUUGCAAGUUGGCAUAUCCCCCGGCGUGUGAGUGGCCUCCCCGGCACAGAUUAAAGGAUAGGAAGAACUGGUCCAGUGUCGCUUCCACCUUCCGGCUACGACAGAGGGCCAGGAAGCCUGCCAAGUAAUAAUGGUUGUUCGGCGUGAGCUGGCAUGGGGCUAGCUUCACAAAUUUCAGAUACUGCAAGACGAAAGGAUGUAGGGGGAACCUAAGCCCUAGCUCCACGGACAAAGUGUGCACCGAGAAACACCCCUCCGGGGGGUUAGACAGCAAAUCUUCCGGACUCGGCUCCACAACCUGCGCCGACGGUCCCACAAGGACCUGCAGGGCAUGACACUCGGCACUCGAGACCGUGGUCUUCACCUCGAGGGCAGUGGUGUCCAGAUAGGAGUGGCCCUCGGGAAUCCCAACUGGCCGUCCCGCGUCGACGGCUGCCUGCUUCUUCUUUGGGGCAGCCCUCGCCUUCUUCUUCUUCCUGCCCUCGGCUACCCGGAGGGGUUGAACAUCCAACGGCCGAGAGGUGCUCGCCUCACCAGCUCCCCGUGAGGGCAUGACGGCAACCGUUACCCGGCGGCGCUCCUUCUCCUCCUCCUCUUCAGCCACUUGGAGGGCGAUGGCCAUCUCUUCAUCCUCCGCCACUUGUUCAAAUUCUUCUGCCUCCAUUUCUACCCGAAGGUUGCUCUGCACCUCCUCGGCUAUGGCGAGGUCAUUCUUCGUCGAGGGCUGGUCGCUCGAUGACUCCACCUCAGAAUGGCUCGCGGUCCCUACCGACGGCUCCCUCGAAAUGUCUUGCGAAUCGCUUUGAGAAGACAUCUUACCCAAAGAAGGUGUUGGAGGGUUUGAAGAGAAGAUACUAAUCAGGAAUUCUAGCCGAAGGCUAUUACAGGCCCUAACAGUAGAUCUAAGGCUACGAAGCAAAACUUACUAAGUAGGCGAAGAACAGAAGAAGAACUGACCUUAGAAAUGGGGUUUGAUCGAAGCAAGGACUUUCUCUCUCUAGAAAUUUUGGCAGAGCUUCGCUAUCGCAUAAAAACGCAUAAGGGAACUCAGCUCCGCCUUGGGGUAUUUAUAGGCCUUCAGCCUCGAGAACUGGGCCUCGAUUUGAAAAGGCCAUCAUUACGGGCCGCCGGUUCAGCCAAUGGGUGGUACCCCGCCCACCUUCGGCCAACUAGAGCACGCCACGUGGCUCCCACCUCCAACGGCUAUGUCACAACGGCUCUAUUUUAGAACCUCUUGAGGCAACCAUUGACGAUAGCCUCCGGCUAUUACUAAUGAAGCCUUCGGUGAACACAUAUCACCAAGUACCCUCAGGCAAACUGCAAUAUAAGCCUCCGGUUAUCACUCACCGCAGCCUUCGGGCAACGAAUUCCACCAAAACGCCCUCGAGCCCGUAGCAGCAUAAGCCUUCGGCUUAUCAAUGUUACCACCCCUCGGGGGCUCAUCAACUCAUCAUAACUCCUUCAGCCCGAACUCGCCUUCGGCCUAAAGGAGUGGGGGACUGGGAUACACCCCUCGGGCAUCACAGCAGAACAAAAUACAAAAAUUCCUCAAGGGAGAAAUCUACAGGUGACGUAUAUAGCCUCCGGGCGAGCAUCAGAAUAAAAACCCUCGGGCACAUACUGCAAUAUACCCUUCGGCAGAAGCAGGAUAUCACAAGUUUUCCACGAGUCACUUGCGGAAGUGAAGCAGCCCUCAUCACAACACAUGCAGGCAAUACAUCUAUGCUUUCCCCAGAAAACCCUCGACAUGUGAGGGACUGAGGAAAGCCUUCUGCAGUCAUACAGGUGUUAUACUGCCCUCAGAAAGCCCUCGACAUGUGAGGGACUGAGGGGAGCCCCCGGCGAACAUGCAAAGGUUACGAAUACCUUCCCUCAGAAAACCCUCGACAUGUGAGGGACUGAGGGAAGCCUUCGGCAGUCAGCAGAAGACAAGUUCCCCAGCAAAGGCACCCAGCGAAAUGAUGAAGCCUCCAGAAGAAGCAACCCAUUUACUCCUUUUCCCUCAAGUACCUUUCGGCAAAAGGAGUGAGGGACUCCUGAUGGAGUAUAUGGUCCAGGAACCCCCGGCCCAUAGACUCCUACUUCUCCUACACAAGUCCAUUAAGCCCAGGAAACAACUCAGGCCCAAAUACAACGGCCCAAGCCUCAAAGUAGCUCAGAGUACACACUGGGAUGCCUUCGGCCUCCUUGGCCGAAGGCUCUAGAACUCACAGGAUAGCCUUUUUGGCAUAAGAAGCUGCUGGGAGAAAACGGGCGAAAACAUGAGCCUUCGGCAUUGUUGCGCCCUCGGCAUCGGAGAAGCCUUCGGCUGAACCAAGCCUUCGGCCACAUGGGGCCUUCGGCCACACAAUGGUCCUUGCCGCAAGGAGCCCUCGGCUACACAAAGAGCCCUCGGCUACACAAGGAGCCCUCGGCUACAUAAGGAGCCCUCGGCUAAACUAGCUCAAUCAUCGAAGAUUCCUUUUAGGGACAGCCAACCACCGCAUUUAAUGCCACAUCACAUCCGCCAACCGCAUUCAAUGCGGUUGACGUACCACUGCCGGUGCCACCAGGCUGAUGUGACCCUUCGGCCGUUGGAUUACUGACACGUGUCCUCUCAUCGCAUUUAUUGCUGCUAUAAAUAGCAGCCCAUUUCUCCUUGUAAAUGAUCAUCUACAUCUCAACUCCACAUCUCGAGUUCAUUUAAUAAAUUGACUCUCUCUCCUCCUAUUUGCUCUGACUUCUCUCUAAGUUAUUCCCGUAAUAACCCCUCGGAUAAGAUACCCCCCGGGUAGACUAUCCAUCAAUACUACUAUGGGAAAGUUCCCGAAAUAGGACUAAAACAACUUGAAAAUUCCAAAAUAGGACUGUCAUGUUUUUUUAUUCCCAAAAUAGGAAUAAUUACUGCCAAGUUUGGAAAAUACUGUCAUGUUUGAAGUCUGGUACUGCCAAAACAUGGCAGUAAUUAGUCCUAUUUUGGGAAUAAAAAUAUGUCAGUCCUAUUUUGGAAUUUUCAAACCUUUUUAGUCCUAUUUUGGAUAAAUUCUCUACUACUAUUAACAUAUAUAAUACUUCGUACGUAUGUCUAACCAUUAUAAAAUAUAAUGAAUGGAGAAGAAUACCAAGUAUGAUGUUAGUAUAUUCGAAUUCGUUCAUUCAGUGGAGGACCUAAGGGGGGCUAGGUGGGGCACGUGCCCCCGGUUUGAGCCCGGAAUUUCAGUAGUAGUACUUAGGAUAAAAACCGGUGCCUCGGCUUCAUACCAGUAUUUGAUAAUUAAGAUACUAAAAUGUUACGGUUAUACUCCCUCCGUCCCGGGGAGAAGUUCCCAAUUUCCUUAUUUGGAUGUCCCAAAAGAAACUUCCCAUUUCCCUAAAUGGAAAGUUAUCCUACAUUAAAACAGUGCCAAACAGUGUCGAAACAGUGCCAAACAGUGUCGAAACAGUGCAAAAUAGUAAAAUUUACCCCUCAGUAACUUUAUUUCCUAAAAAUGUGUGAAAGUCAACCCGGGAACUUCUCCCCGGGACGGAGGGAGUAUAAAUAAAAAAUUAAUACAAAGCAUUUAAAUUUUAGCUGAAUUAAAAUAAAAGAUAUAGAAUUAUCAAAAAACAAAAAAAUAAUUAAGAAUUGAAAACAAAAAGUAACAAAAAAAAGUUAAAAUGCAAAAGAGUAGCCAAUGUGCGGGCAACUAAAACUACGGAGUGAUAAAAGUCUAAAAACCCACUAACAUUUGGAAGACUAGAAUGAAAAAAAUCACGCGGACGGUUUACGAAUUACGACUUUAGGGGAUGUCGCUGCCUUGGCUCUGGCCUCUGGGGACUUCGUUGUCUAUCUGAAUUGAUGUUGCACCGCCGCACACCUACACCACUCAAUCCUCCCAUAUUUCCUUGAUUUGUAAGUUUAUUUUCAAUUUAUUCUGCAUUGACGACACCUGCUUUUUAGUUGGGGGAUUAUUUUAAAAAUUAAAAUUGUUGACAAUCAAGACAGAUCUUCGCAAUAUGAUAGGAGAUGACUAUCUUACGAAUUGUUUGGUGUGCUACAUCGAGAGAGAUGUUUUUAGAAGCAUCGAUAAUGAAACUAUUAUGCAACAUUUUCAGAAUAUGAAAAUUCGUGGGCUUGAUUUACCAAAGUUGCAGCACUGAAAUAUUUAAUAUGUAAUUAACUAUUCUGUAUAAUUUAAUAUUACGUGCAUUUUUUUUUACCAUUUUUAUUACAUUUGGAGUUAUUAUUAUAGACUAACUUUAGUGUCUAGUGUGCCCCCGCUCUCACAAACCUCUGGGUCCGCCACUGCGUUCAUUAGUAAGAAGAAACAAUUAAUUAGAACUUUUAUAUAUAGUAGAGUCAUUUUAGAGAACUAAAAAAUGUAACAAUGUAUAAGUAUGAGGAGAUUAAAAUAUGAGUUUUUUCUAAAAUGUUACUAAUAAAAAAAUGUGGACUUUGGACUUAGUACUACGUAACUUUUUGUGACUCUAAUUGUGUUCAAAAUUUACAUCGUAGUGACUACAUGUGGUCGUUACGACGUAAACUUUGAAUACAGUUAUAAUCACUAAAAGUUACUAAAUACUUUUUUGUGCAUCAAUUUUUAGAAGUAAGAGCAUCCCCAAUGUUAAAACAUUAACGGUGCAUAUGUUGUAUGAGAAAUAACCAAUUAAAAAACAAUAAAUAGAAUAUUAAUCUCCUUAUUUGAACGAUCUUACAUCAUUUUGGUAAAUUUUCUUCACAAUGUCAAACACAAUGUCUAGAUGUAGACAUUGUGAUUGACAUUACAGGCAAUAACUUACUAAAAUCACAUAAGAGCGUGGAAAGAAGGAGAGAGAAAUGUCAUAAAAUCAAUAUUAUUUUGUUUUUAUCUCUCUCAUGCCACAUGUGCACCAUGUAGCAUUGAAGAUACUCUAAUAUUAGGAGAAUUAUAAUUAGAGUAGAUAGACCGUGUAGAUUGGCACAUAAAUGAAUCUCCGUACAAAAUAGCCUAUAAAAUAAAGCAUUCAAGUACCAACUUUAGAAUUUAUACAACAUAAAAUCACAAAUGGAAAAUCACCAAAAGCAGAUCAAAAUUUGUUAGUCACAAAAGAAUGUCCAUUGGGUUUAAACUCAUUUAUGCUCUACUAGGGUAAUUGAAUUGAAUAGCACUAUAAAUAUAACAUAAUUGAAUAAUUAUAUAUAUAUUAUUGUGAAAUUAUAAAAUUUAGCACUUUUUUUUUUGAAAUUGCACCCCAUUAGUCAAAUUGCUAUAUUAUAUUUUUGCAUCAGGUGAUUACAUUGCUUUAUGCAUGUUCGUUUUUUCAUUUUUGAAAUAUUGAAUACAAUCUGUUUUUUGUAGUACUAAAUAUAUAUGAUAUGGAGUACAUCUUAACAAUCUUCAUAAAUAAAUAGUGACUUUAUAUAUUAAUACAGGUUAUUUAAUUAUAUCUAGCAUUGAUCCUUACAUUUUAUUAAUUGGGGCAAACAUGGAAUAAUCUUCUAUGUUGAAACAAAGUGUGUUGAAUUGGUGUGAAAAUGCUAUUCUUUCUCCUUAAUUAAUAUUGCUAUAAAAAUAAGAAAGUUAAGAAAGUUGGGAUCUGAAGUUGCAAUAUGAUUUUUUUCAUUGUAAUGUUUAAUUAAAGAUUAUUGUUUGAAACUAAAUUGUGAAGUGUUGGAUCUGAACAGGUAGCUGGAUGAAGUACACUGUUUGGCAAAAAUAUGUGAAAAAAUGUCGAGAUAAUAUGAAAUUACAUUAAAAGACAAAUAAUUUAUCCCUUAAUAAAACAAGUGAUCAACAAGGGACAUAGCUGGGGGAACCCCGGCCCCGUCCAAUCUAGGGCCCUCACUCCACCAUUGUGUAUUUAAUAUAUACGGAGUAUUAAAAUACAUUAGGACAUAUGAAAUGGUCCAGGCAUUCUAAUGUUUCUAAAACGAGAUUCUAAAACGGGGACUACUAUGACCUUUAUGACUUCAAAUAAUGUUUCUCCAUUUUUUUUAUUAUAGUUGGUUGGUCUUAUAAGCAGGUCAUUAUAAUUUGUAGAAUGUAGGAGUGUGUAAAGUAUGCAGGAUUACUCUGAAUUUCUUCUUAAGCCACGAUAAUACCAUUUUCAAGCAAUGUGGAAGUGAUUAACUAUAAAAAGAAACAAAUAUCUAAGAAUUUCUAGCUGUAAUUCAGCCCUCCACCCAAACACUAUUAUUUUUUAGCACUUGACUGAAUUUAAGCAAUUUCAACUAAUUAUUAGCUAAAUUGGUAUCCCAAACAUAGCCAAAGUAUGUUAUUUUUGGUCCUUUUUAUUGUUUUAAUUACAAUUCAUUGCAUUGAGUCAAUAAUAUAGUUUUAUAUUCCUCAUAAACGAAAAUAUAGUCAAUUUGUUGUAACUUGAAGUGAAAUAGUUUCAAUUACAUCAUUUUCCCUGCAAUUUACAUUUCAUAAUUCAUAAAUAAAUGAUAAAUUAGGUGUGAUGCAUUCUAAAUGUACCAAAAAAAAUCAAAAAAUGAAAUAUGAUGACAACACAAACCUGAGAUUUACCAGCUUUUGAACUGUAGUCAAAGGAAAAGGUUAUUUUUUAUAUGAUUUACAAUUUUCUUUUCCAUACAAACUACAUAUCAAAGGUACAAUAAAAUCUACGAAGUACUAUCUUUUCUAUCUAACAAAUCACACUUUUCCAAAAAAUAAAAAACUAACAAAUCACACAUUACAUACCAUCAAAAUAAAAUGAAAUAUUUAAACAAAUCGUUCUUCUAAUCUAGAUGUAUCCCGUGCAUCGCACGGGUACUUCGUCUAGUUUUUCAUAAAUCUAAAAGUACUACAUAUGGGAGAGAAAACUAUCACGCUCAAUUGUCAGCGGACCUAUCUUAUACGAAAUACUUAAAAAAACUACAUAUGAGAAAGAAAAUUAUCCCGAUCAAUUGUUAGUAAAUUUAUCUUGUAAUAAUAUCUAAAAGCACUACAUAUGAGAGAGAAUUUUCCCAGUCAUAUGUUAGCAAACUUAUCUUCUCAUCUCCAAAACCACUACAUAUGAGAGAAAAAACUCUCCGGCUCAAUUAUUAGCCGGUUCAUCUAGUAACUAAGAGCACUACAUAUGAAAGUCAAAAUUCUCUCAAAAAAAAUCUUCCACUCAAUUGUUAGGAUGUUUUUACUUGGACUGUAAUUUGCUGGUCUGGUGUGGU